GGUCCCUUUAAAUAGAGCCGUUCUCAAACUUUGGACCAUCAGAUCAGCUGAAGUUUGCAAACAGUUUGCUGCAGAACUCACAGCUACAUCCGAAAUCUCUGUGAUACAUUUUCAGUGUUCUUUGGGGAAAAGAUGGAAAUAACCAAAACAUCUGGGAUGAGGGACGCCGUCCUUGUGCUCUUACUGGCUGUUCUUCAGGGAUUUCGACUAGUAGACGCUCUUCCAAACCCAUCACCUCUCCUGGGAUCCAACUGGGGGAAUCCGAGAAGAUACGUACACCUGCAGACGUCUUCAGACGUGAACAAUUUCUACCUUAAGAUCAGUUUAAAUGGCCACGUGCGCAAAACUACACUUCGAAGCUCAUACACUGUGAUUUUAUUGAAGGCGGAAACAAGAGAGCGCGUAGCGAUACUUGGAGUCAAAAGUAACCGCUACCUGUGCAUGGAUGCCCUGGGAAACCCUUUCAGCUCUACCGUUUGCCACAAGGAAGACUGUCUUUUUAACCACAAGUUAUUGGAAAACCACCGCGACGUGUACUACUCUUGCAGAACUGGUAUUCUGCUCAACUUGGAAGGGAUAAAGCAAGUGUACACUGUGAGUCAGAAUCUACCGCAAACCUCCCUCUUCCUGUCGGAGAAGAACACGGUGCCACUGGAGCGCCUCUUGCACCGGGAGAAGAGAAACCGGGUGGUUGACCCUUCUGAUCCGUACAACAUGCUGGGGCAGACGGAGGAGGAUGAGGACUCCCGGGCUAUGCCGGAGCUGGAUGACACCUUGGAGACGGACCAGGAGGCUGAACUCCCCGAGGGACGCAACAUCUCCAGGGAGACCCCCCAAUCUCACUCCGACGACCCGUGGAACGUGCAUUCCCUAAACCCCCCUCCCAGCCCCCGUAUAAUGAAUGCAAUGGUGGGAUAAGAGGACAGGACACUUGCCGUUGUACACCUGGUUUUAAGAAUAUAAAUUGUGUGCGCGUUCACGUUGGAUCUUUUCCAGCUGGUCUGGAAACAGACCCUAACUAUUACACCUGUGAAAGGCUGACCGUGACAGGCAUAUUAGUCGUUUGUAUAUAGUCAUAAGACGGAAAAUUGUAUUUUGUUCAUUUUUCACUAUAGCACAGUAGCUAGUGGGUAUGUACAGUAACUAUUGGUUACCGUGCUUUUUUAUUCUAGGACGCAAAUUCUGCACAUGAGUGCGCUCUGUUUACGGGAUGGAUUCUUAUGAGAAUCAUGCUGAAACACGAAAUAUUUGUGCGUCUUCUUCGAAGAAAAAAAGUAAGUUGAGCUGAAGUCACUUUAUUAAAUGUUUUACAAUGUAAGAAGCCUACAAGAAAAUACUUGGGUUAUCAAAUCAAGCUUUAU